AUGGACCACGGCGCAAACGGCACGACCAAAUACUACGACUUGGGAAAAUACCAAAGAACAUGCCGUACAGAUUCCGCCGAAGCUCUAAAGUGGGUGAAUCGGGGCCUGGUAUGGUCAUACUCAUUCAACCAUGAAGCCGCACUAAGGUGUUUCGAACAAGCUGCCCAAGAUGAUAAAAAGUGUGCAAUGGCAUAUUGGGGGCAGGCUUAUGCAAUCAGCCCGAAUUACAACAAACCUUGGUGGCUCUUCACGGCUGAUGAACGCGAGAUUGCCAUUAAAAAAGCACUGGAGGUAUUCGCGCUUGCGGAAGAAAAUGUCACAGACUUCGAGCCUAUGGAGCGUGCCCUGCUCACAGCACUUGCCACUCGAUUCCCACCCGAUGUCAACACGCCUGGGGAGAAGAUGUCAGCAUUUGAUUAUGCAUACGCCGAAGCCAUGAAAAAAGUCUACGAGGAAUAUGGCGAUGAUCCCGACGUUGCAACUCUAUACGCAGACUCGGUGAUGUGCACACGACCGCGCCAACUAUGGAACCUCGACACCGGAGAGCCGACAGGCGACGAUGUAGUAGCUGCAAGACAUGCACUCGAGAAAGCAAUGGCAAGUGCUAGUGGUCGAGAAAACCCUGGUACUUGUCACUUGUACAUCCACAUGAUGGAGAUGACACUGACACCCGAAUUGGCACUACCCGCCGCGAAUCGAUUGCGACGUCUCGUGCCUGAUGGCUCACACAUGCAGCACAUGGCGACCCACAUAGAUGUUGCUUGUGGUGACUAUGGCCGUGCGAUCGACAGUGGUCUCAACGCCAUAAUCUCAGAUGACGUGUAUUUCUCGAGGGAGAAAGUUGAUUCCUUCAUAUACAAUGCGUAUCGAGCGCACAACGUGCAUGCCAUGUCAUAUGCUGCGAUGAUGGCUGGUAGACGCGAAGAGGCCUUGUACGGUGCGAAACGGCUCGGCGAGAUCUUGACUGAGGAAUACAUGACCUCGAAGCCGCGCAUGGCCGACUGGACUGAGUGGCAGGCUGUAACAAUGCCGCAUGUUCUCAUCCGCUUUGGGCAAUGGGAGGAUAUCCUCGAUCUUCAACCGCCAAAAAAUCCCAAGCUUUCUGUCAUAGCAACGACGAUCAAAUACGCCAAAGGAAUCGCACUUGCCGUUCUCGGAAGGAUCGAGGAAGCUCAAAUCGCACAGGCGGAAUUUGAGGAAGCCCGCCGAGCCUUGCCAGAAGAUCGACUAUAUGGGCCAAGCUCGAAAGCAGCACCAGUCUUUGCUAUAGCGUCAGCUAUGCUUGAGGGUGAACUGCAAUAUCGCCAAGGCAACUACACUGAAGCCUUUGCUUCUCUACGCCAUGGUAUUGAAUUGGAGGGCCAAAUUGCGUACGCCGACCCACCACUCUGGAUGCAACCAGUCCGUCAUGCUUUGGGCGCCCUCCUCCUUGAGCAAGGGCAAACUGUUGAAUCAGAGAAGGUAUACUUGGAGGACCUUGGACUUAGCAAGACCCUCUCUCGCCGAAAGGCGCGUCUUAACAAUGUUUGGGCCUUGCAUGGCCUGUACGAGUGCCUGAUUGCUAACAACAAGCAUGAGGAAGCUCAGAGGCUACGAAUACAUCGUGAUAUAGCUCUGGCGUCUGCUGAUAUUCCGAUAGGGGCAUCUUGCUUUUGUCGUCUGAAAGUGAAGGCAAAGACUUGCAAAGCUUGCUGA